AUGGAGGCGACAGUGCUGAGCGUGGGCAAGUCCGCGGUGAAGGGGGCGCUCGGCUACGCCCAGUCCGCCAUCGCGGCGGAGGUGGCGCUGCAGCUGGGGGUGCAGCGCGACCAGGCCUUCAUCAGGGACGAGCUCGACAUGAUGCAGGCCUUCCUGAUGGCUGCGCACGGCGAGCAAGAUGACGGCAAGGUGGUCGGGACCUGGGUGAAGCAGGUCCGCGACCUGGGCUACGAUGUCGAGGACUGCCUCCAGGACCUGGCUGUCCGCCUCGAGAAGCCAUCCUGGUGGCGUUUCCUCAGGACACUGCUCGACCGGCGCCAUGUGGCUAAGCAGAUGAAGGACCUGCGGGAGAAGGUCGAGGAUGUCAGCCAGAGGAACUUGAGGUACCGCCUCAUCAGGGGGCCCGCCGCUGCUGCUGACUCCAAGCAAGUCGCCACCACCGCCGAGCAAAACCUCGCAGGUAGCGCGACGAUGUUCGGCAUCGAUGAGGCGAGGCGUGCCAUGAAGCGGGACAGGCCGAGAGUGGACCUUGCCCAGCUUAUCAAUGGGGAGGGCAAGGACCUUAGAGUCAUUGCCGUGUGGGGAACAUGUGGUGUUCUUGGGCAGGCGUCCGUGAUACGAAAGGUGUAUGAUGAUGCAGACAAGUUUGAAUGCCGUGCCUGGAUCAAGCUUACACAUCCUUUCGAUCCGAUCAUGUUCAUGCGAAACAUCAUGAGGCAGUUCUAUGGAUGUUCUUUUCCAGAACUGGCAACAACUGAGGGUCAAAGCUGUCAAGAAAGAGCAACCACUGUAGGCGCUCAUGUUCUCAAAAAGAUGCUGACAAUAAAGCAAGAAGAUUUGGUUGACGAGUUCAAUGAGCAUGUGAAUAACAAGAGUUACCUGAUUGUUCUUAACGACCUGUGUACCAUAGAAGAUUGGGACUGGAUCAAAACUUACUUUCCCGUCAAUGAUAAUGGAAACCGGAUCAUUGUGGCCACACAGCAAGUUGAAGUUGCAAGCUUGUGCGUAGGUAAAAAGUGCCAAGUCUCGGAGCUGAAGCAAUUAUCCGCUGAUCAGACUCUCUAUGUUUUCUACAACAAGGGCCCUCAAGGUGGAACAUAUUCAAUGAAACCAGAGUCGAGCUCAAGCACAUACUCCACUUGUAAUAGCUCUAUAGUGCCCAGCAGUGAGAUACCAACUGGUGAUCAGGCUACAGAUGCUGCUGGUGGAAAGAAUGCUAUGCCAAGAAGGAGCCUCACUCGCAUCAUGUCGAUGACGGCUGCUUUGGAGAAAUCUCUGGUUGUUGGGAGGGAGGCAGAAAAAUCUCACAUCCUCGAACUAAUUUCAGAUGCAUCAAGCAAAGAAUUUCAGGUGAUCUCAGUGUGGGGAAUGGGUGGUCUUGGGAAAACUGCCCUAGUCACAGAUAUCUACCAAAGCCAAAAACUCGGUGGUGCAUUUAAAAAGCGUGCUUGUGUCACGGUCAUGAAACCUUUCAAUCGCGAGGAACACCUUAGGAGAUUAGUUAUGCAACUAGACGUAGAAGCAUCUGAAGAGUAUGACACAAUGCAUUCAUUGGGUAGUGCACAAAACAAAUUGCCACGACCGGCUGAGGAGCUGAAGUAUGAGCUGGAAAGGCUUCUGAAAGAAAAGAGGUGCUUGAUUGUCUUUGAUGACUUGUCAUCUACCACCGAAUGGGACUUGAUAAGUGGAGACUUACCUCAGACAAAAAAUGCAAGCCGGAUCAUAGUCACCACACGGGAAGUGAGUAUUGCCAAUUAUUGUUCAAAGAAGAAACAAGAAAAUGUAUGCAGGCUCGAAAGUCUGAAAGAGAAGCAUGCGCUUGACCUCUUCACAAAAAAGGUAUUUAAGGAGAAUGAAGAUCUGCAUCGGCACUAUCCUGAGCUGGUUGAGCAAGCGGAACAAAUCCUGAAGAAGUGCAACGGACUUCCUCUUGCAAUAGUUGCCAUUGGUGGCUUCUUGGCAAAUCAACCAAAGACUACCAUGGAGUGGAGAAAAUUGAAUGAGAAUCUUAGUUCUGAGUUGGAGAUGAUUCCAGAGCUUGACACCAUAAGAACAGUCCUUCUCAAAAGCUACAAUGGUUUACCCUAUCAUCUCAAGGCUUGUUUCUUGUAUCUGGCAAUCUUUCCUGAAGACUACAAGAUUAGUCUAAGACGUUUGGUCCGGCGGUGGAUAGCAGAGGGUUACUCAAGAGAGGUACGCGGCAAGUCUGCGCAUGAAGUAGCGGAGAGCUACUUCAUGGACCUUAUAAGCAGGAGCAUGAUCCUGCCAUCCCAACUAUCAAGUCACAGCAGAAAAGAGAUUGACUCUUGCCAACUCCAUGAUAUUAUCCGUGACAUCAGCAUCUCAAAGUCAGCGGAGGAAAAUCUUGUUUUCAGGUUGGAGGAGGGUUGCGGCUUAAACAACCAAGGCACAACACGUCACCUCUGUGUCAGCAGCAACUGGAAGGGAGACCGGAGUGAAUUCGAGGGCAUGGUGGACCUGUCUCGUGUCCGAUCAAUAACAAUUUUUGGGAAGUGGAGGCCAUUCUUCAUUUCAGACAAGAUGAGAUUGCUGCGAGUGUUGGACUUGGAAGGUACAUCAGGUCUAGUUGAUCAUCACCUCAAGCACAUUGGGAAGCUUUUCCACUUGAGAUACCUUUCACUGAGAGAAUGUCAUGGAAUUUAUCAUCUGCCAAGUUCUUUGGGCAACCUGAGGCAACUCCAGACACUAGAUGUCACGGGUACAUACAUAAUCAAGCUGCCUAAGACCAUCAUCAAGCUCAGGAAGCUACAGCACCUUCGUGCCAGGGGAGUUGGGAACAACGAUGAUUGUCCAGAGUAUCCAGAAGAGGUGCCGGACAUAAUGAGGAACAAGCUAUGCAUGUUGACAUCCUCCUCGGUAGGAUUUUGCGUGGCAUGCUGUGCACCUCACCUUCUGAAAGAGUGCAUGGGCAUAGAUGGGGACACCAACAGACGUGAUGUCUGCACCGCAUGCUGCUGUACCUAUCUGCCUAUGCAGGUGACACGCCGGAGCCGGCGUGGUGUCGCAGUGCCUAGAGGGAUCCACAAGCUCAAAGCCCUUCACACACUGGGUAUCGUUAACAUCUCAAGGAGGAAGGCUGCUCUCCGAGAGGUAGCGAGGCUCACCGGGCUACGCAAGCUGGGAGUGACCGGAAUCAAUGAUAGCAAUGGUGGAGAGCUAUGUUCAGCCCUUUCUAAUCUCAGCUCCCUAGAAACAUUGCUGGUGCAGUCUGAAGGGAAGCCCGGUUUAUUUGGCUGCUUGGAUGCCCUGUCUACUCCUCCGGAAAAGCUUGAGAGCCUCAAGCUGUACGGCAACCUGGUCAGACUGCCGGCAUGGAUCAAUGGUGGGCUGCUAACAAAUCUGGCCAAGCUGAAGCUGCGGAGCUCCAGGAUAUCAGACCAUGAUGCCACCAUACAAGUCCUUGGGAGCCUACCAAACCUAGCCAUCCUGCGUCUGCGGAAAGAUUCGUUUGAGGGAGAAGAGGUCCAUCUCCAUUUUCGUUGGGGUGAAUCGUUCCCAAGCCUAAUGGUGCUGGAACUGAGUUCCCCAGGUAAGCUCAAAUCUGUGGAGUUCCAAAAGGGAGCGACCCCUAAGCUUGAGCUGCUGCAGUAUUACGAUCAGCCUGAUCACGAUCAGGAGGAUCUUGUCUCAAAAGAGAAUGAUGAUCAGUUUGAAGAGGCUCCCAGCAUUUGGUUGUUUUCUGGGCUAGCAUAUCUGGGAAGGCUCAAGAAAGUUGUGCUAGAGGGUGGCAACUAUAAACGCGACUUCGUGCGGAACCUGCGAUCCCAGCUUGAGUCAAAUCUGAAUCGACCUGUUCUCAAGAUGGACUGA